UUCUCUAACGAUAAGUACUUACUUGCUGUAAAAUAAAACUUAAUAUUAAAAUAAAACAAGUGUUCCUUCAAACCUGCGUUUCACUAAACUCCAAAUACUACAUGGCGCAGUCGUACAAGAGCAUAGCUCCAGUUAAAAUAAGAUAAUAAGAAUAAAAUAAGAAAAAGAAGAAAUCGAAUCAAGAUGUCGGGCGUCGAGUACCGCAUGCCGGCACCACUAAAUCUUGAAGUAAUUGAAGACCUUUAUCCACAAUGGCUUAGAUUUAAGCAGGCGUUUAGAAUAUUUGUCUCAGCGGCUGGUUUGGAAAAAAUCACGGAGGCCAGAAAAGCAUCAGUUCUACUUAACUGUAUCGGUCAACCGGCGCAAGAACUGUAUUUUAAUACUUUAAAGAAGGAUAAUACAGAAGACACUGCUAAAUUAGAAGAGGUAAUAACACUGUUUGAAGAAUAUUUUAAACCGAAAUCAAGUGAAGUUAUUAACACAUGGCAGUUCAACAAAAGAAUACAAGAAGAUGGAGAAAGCUUUGAUUCAUAUUACACAGAGCUUCGAAGAAUAGCUAAAAAUUGCAAUUUCGACAAACAACUGGACCGGAUGUUAAGGGACAGAAUUGUAGUAGGCAUCAGAGAGCAGCGAGUUCAACAAAAACUGCUGGAAAUAAAAGAUCUAACACUUGAAAGAGCAGUGGAUGUCUGCAGAUCGGCGGAGCUUUCCCGGGAACACGCGCGGGUCUUGGCAAAGCAGACCACGGCGGAGGUGGAUGCAGUACAGAGGCGUGCACCAGCGCAGCACUCCAAGCCAUCGCAGUCACCACCAAAUACUCAAGCUAAGUAUAACCUAAGCUUGCUUAGUAAUAAAAAAUAUAAAUGUAAAAAAUGUAACACAGAGCAUGGCCCUCGGGCAUGCCCGGCCUAUGGCCAGCGAUGCGAAAAUUGUAACAGGUACAAUCAUUUUAAAGUUGGGUGCAAAUUAAUCAAUCAGAUUGAGUGUUUUGAGCAGGAAAAUGAGGAAAUGAUCUGACUAGUUCGGGUGUGUCACUCAAGUAGCGAAUGCAAUUGUGAGUGGACAGAGUCUUUAAAAGUCAAUAACAAGUCUGUAAUUAAUUUUAAGUGUGACACAGGGGCACAGGCAAAUAUUUUGUCAUUAGAAGAUCUUAAAAAAGUUGUCGAUGAUGAAAAUAAUAUAAAACUGUCUGAGACAAGAAGUAUUUUAGUGGCUUUUGGAGGAUCACGCAUUGUUCCUGAAGGAAAAAUAACAUUAACAUUGACACUUAAUGAUGUUCAGUAUAGUACACAGUUUAUAAUAGUAAAACAAAAUGUAAAAGCCAUUUUAGGCCUGUGUUCCCUGUUCAAGCUAAACUUCAUUCCAAAUAAAAAUAUAAAUACAAUUGAUAAGUUUCAAUGGGAUAAAAAUUCAAUUUUUAAAAAAUAUGGUAAACUGUUUCAGGGUGUUGGAGAGUUUAAUGAACCUCUGGUGCUCCACACUCAACCGGAUGCAGAACCUGUGGUGCGGCCGCCGCGUCGGGUGCCUAACGCAAUCAAACCCCGGCUUGCGGAGAAACUAAGAUCGUUGGAAGAACGACAGAUCAUCACCAAGGUCGAACAUCCUAAGAAUUUUGUGAGUAAUCUUGUGAUUAUUGAAAAGAAAGACAAAUCACUAAGAAUAUGUCUAGAUCCUAAGGAUCUUAAUAGUGUGCUAGUCAGGGAAUACUAUUUAAUACCUACUCUUGAAGAGAUUGUCCCCAGACUGUCUAAUAAAAAAUAUUUUUCAGUGCUUGAUCUAUCAGAAGGAUUUUAUAACAUAAAAUUAGAUGAAAAAUCCAGUGAUCUUUGUACUUUUAAUAGCCCGUUUGGCUGCUACAAAUUUAAUCGGUUGCCCUUUGGGUUGUCUGUAGCACCUGAAAUUUUUCAGAAAUAUAAUGAAAGGGCAUUUGGGGACAUUCCUGGAGUAAUCAUUUAUUGUGAUGAUUUACUAAUAUGUGCUGACAGUGAAGCAGAGCAUGAUGCAAUUUUAACAAAGGUGUUUGAAAGAGCUAUAAAACAUAAUGUGAGAUUCAAUAAAAAUAAAUUUCAAUAUAAAAUGAAUGAAGUCAAGUAUUUUGGUCACAUUUUCUCUCAUGAAGGUAUGAAAAUUGACCCUGAAAGGAUAAAAGCCAUUAACAGUAUUAAAAGUCCCAGUAAUAAAAAAGAGCUACAAGUGUUUCUAGGAAUGGUAAAUUACCUAAGGAAAUUCGUUCCUAACCUAGCUAAAAUUGCAUCACCACUCCAAUUACUUCUUAAGAAAAAUGUAGAUUGGCUAUGGACAGAUGUACAUGAAAAUUCGUUUAAUAAAAUAAAAUUGCAUGUCACCGAGGCACCUGUUCUGCAAAACUUUGAUGUUAAACAACCGGUGGUUAUACAAUGUGAUGCCUCAAAGGAUGGCCUUGGCUGUUGUUUACUCCAAAAUGGAAAACCUGUUUGUUUUGCAUCGAGGAGUUUAACAGCAUCAGAGAGGAAUUUCUCACAAAUAGAAAAAGAACUUUUAAGUGUAGUCUGGUCAACUAGGAAAUUCCAUUACUAUAUUUACGGGCAAAAGUGCAUUGUUCUUAAUGAUCACAAGCCACUGGAAACCUUACUUAAAAAAUCUAUACAUGAGGUUCCAUCGCCCAGACUUCAAAGAUUAAAAUUAAAAUUACUCAAAUAUGACAUUGAAUAUCAGUACCUUAAAGGUAAAUUUAUGUAUAUUGCUGAUCUGCUGUCACGUGCUUUCAUGUCCGGUAAUGAAACUGAUGAACCAGAUAUGUAUGAUGUCAUUCACUGUGUCGGCCUAGCAAAUAACUUGCAGUGCACUAAUGAAUUUAAAAAAGAAUUAAUUUCUGAAACUAAUAAAGAUGCAGAAUUGUCAAAUCUUAAAGAAUUUACUAAAAAUGGAUGGCCAGAUAAAAAACAUAUUCCUGAUAACAUGCAAUAUUAUUUUAAAUUCAAAAGUGAUAUUACUGUUGAUGAUAAUUUGUUGUUUAUGAAUCAUAGAUUAUUAAUACCUAAAUCUUUACGGACACACAUAAUGGAAAAAUUGCAUGAAGGCCAUCUUGGUAUGACUAAAAUGAAAAAUCUAGCUAGAAGUCUGUAUUAUUGGCCUAAAAUUGAUGAACAUCUUGAUAAUUUUGUAAGACAGUGUUUUGUUUGUCAAACUUACCAAAAUAACAACACAAAAGAGCCCCUAUUAUGUCAUAACAUCCCAGACUUACCUUUCUCAAAGCUAGGAACAGACAUAAUGGAAUAUAAAAAUAAAAGCUAUCUAGUGAUAUAUGACUAUUUUUCUAAAUGGCUAGAUGUAAAACCAAUAAGUAAUAAAAGUGCCAAGACUGUCAUAAGUUGUCUUAUAGAUAUUUUCUGUAUAUUUGGAGUACCAAGUGAGAUAGUCUGUGAUCAUAUUCCCUUUGACUCACGAGAAUGUAAAAAUUUUGCUAAUAUAUGGGGAUUUAAAUUUACCUAUACCAGCCCUAGGUACCCACAGUCAAAUGGUAUGGCGGAAAGAGCUGUACAAAUUGCUAAAAAAAUACUUAUUAAAUGCCAGGUGGACAACACAGACUAUAGGGUAGCGCUUUUACAAUAUAGAUCUUCUCCUGUUUGUGGCACUAAGUUUUCACCAGCUGAGUUGUUAAUGAAUAGAAAAAUAAAAACUAAAUUACCUGUAACAUCUACAUAUUUAAGACCAAGACUGAAUAUUAAUAUUAAGAGUGAGUUUCAUAAGACUGUAUCUAGAAAUGUAAAUAACUAUAAUGCUAAUACCAAAAGUAAAAAUAAUUUUGUUGUUGGCCAGAAAGUCUGGUUUAAAAAAGACUGUAAUAGUAAUAAGUGGCUACAAGGCCAAAUUGUUGAAAACAAUGGACUGAGGUCCUAUGAUAUUAUAGACAAUAAUAAUGUUAGGUACACUAGGACUUCUUAUCAUGUUCGACCUGGGUGAUUGGUAGUCUUCCGGCGCUCUGCUACUGGUUGAGUGUGGGGCUACAUAGAUUCUUAUAUUGUGUAUGGUACUUACUAUAGAUACAUUAUUAAUCAUAAGGUAGUAUGUAAGUAGAGUCACAUACAGAUUUUUUUUACUAUGUGUAAAACUAAAACUAAAUUUGUAGUGGUAAACUUAGACUUAGUAGUUUCAUCUGUAAUGCAGCGUUGCUUAAAAAAAAAAGGGGAAAGAGAAUGUAUAAUUUUUUAAAAAAAGAAAGGGGAAGAUGUAAUAUCUGUGGUAACAGUAUCCGAAACUAUUUGUUAUCAGUGUAGAGCGUUUCCGAACGCAUCUUAAAAAAAUGUAUGUCCAAUGUCUAAUGGGUGACCACACCCUCUUUGCCGAAAGCUUCUCUAACGAUAAGUACUUACUUGCUGUAAAAUAAAA